GGCGGCCUUCUGAAGCGCAGCCAGCGUGUGGAGUACGGCGAAGAAGCACGCGCUUGACCUGUCCAAAUAGAAGAAUGUCGGACGACAUCGAGGACGCCGCGGGAGACGAAGAGCAGAAGCCGCUGAAAAAGGUCGCCAAGCAUGAUAGCGGCGCCGCUGACCUGGAGAAAGUCACGGAUUAUGCCGAGGACAAAGAAAUUCGCUCCCAAGACAUCAUGUGUGCGAUGUCCCUUAUCGGAGACAGGCAUUCAAAAGAAACAGCAGAAAAGGCAGCCCGGCAAAAGGAACUGGCGAAGGUAGUCAUAAAGAAGGAAGACGUCGAAUUGAUCGUUCAAGAGAUGGAAAUCCCUCGCCACCUUGCAGAACUCAAGCUGCGUGAGCACCAAGGCAAUGUUGUCGAUGCCCUCAUAGAGCUUACCAACUGACAGACUAUAAGUAAAUUAAACCCGCAAUUGUUC